UGGUUGCUGCAAUAGCUUUCUAAAAUUAUCAGUUUCACUUUUCUACGCUACGUGUUUUUGUUGUUGUUAAAUUGUUUCGAUUUGUAGAAACGCAGUAUGGCUGAUGAAGAUCAACGGCUUGCCGAUAUUCAGCAUGAGUAUCUUAACUUCCUGGACGAUGAAGAGGAUCAAGGAACGUACACAGCCCACGUCCGAAAGAUGAUUAACGACAAAAGCAAACGUUUGGUCGUUAACAUCAACGAUGUUCGUCGGAAGAACCCUGCGCGUGCUAUGUCUCUGCUGAAUAGCGCUUUUGACGAACAAUUGGCGUUCUCGCGUGCACUUAAGGAGUACGUGUCCACCAUCGAUCCGAGCUAUGCCAAGUCGCAGGAAGAUUUUUACGUUGCGUUCGAGGGAAGCUUUGGUAACAAGCAUGUAACACCGCGUUCAUUGACUUCGCGUUUUCUGGGUAAUCUCGUGUGUGUCGAAGGCAUUGUCACGAAGGUUUCGCUCAUACGGCCGAAGGUGGUCAAAAGCGUUCACUACUGUCCCGCAACGAAGAAAGUCAUGGAACGCCGCUACACUGAUUUAACAUCGUUCGAAGCGGUGCCGACCAGUGCCGUCUAUCCGACGAAAGAUGAUGACGGCAAUUUGCUGGAAACGGAGUUCGGUCUGUCUGUGUAUAAGGAUCACCAGACGCUCAGCAUUCAGGAAAUGCCGGAAAAAGCCCCUGCCGGUCAACUUCCCCGAUCGGUGGAUGUCGUAUGCGAUGACGAUCUCGUCGAUCGCUGCAAGCCUGGCGAUCGGAUCCAAAUAGUUGGUAACUACCGUUGUCUGCCCGGUAAACAGGGUGGUUACACGACGGGCACUUUCCGCACCGUCCUGAUUGCCAACAACAUCUCGCAACUAAGCAAAGAAAAUUCGCUCAACGUUACACGUGAGGAGAUAAACAUGUGCAAAAAGCUGGCCAAGAACAACGACAUUUUCGAACUACUCUCGAAGAGUCUGGCGCCAUCGAUCCACGGGCACGAGUACGUGAAGAAAGCCAUCCUGUGUCUGCUGCUGGGCGGAAUUGAGAAAAAUCUUGCGAACGGGGCACGCCUUAGGGGCGACGUUAAUGUGCUGCUGAUUGGUGAUCCAAGUGUGGCCAAAUCACAGCUCCUUAGGUACGUCCUGAACACGGCACCCCGUGCGAUUACCACAACUGGACGUGGUUCGAGUGGAGUGGGUUUAACAGCGGCGGUUACAACGGACCAGGAAACGGGUGAACGUCGCCUUGAAGCUGGUGCCAUGGUUUUGGCUGAUCGCGGUGUAGUUUGCAUCGAUGAAUUUGACAAGAUGAGCGACAUCGAUCGCACAGCUAUCCACGAGGUAAUGGAGCAAGGACGUGUUACCAUUUCUAAGGCCGGCAUCCAUGCAUCACUGAACGCUCGCUGUUCUGUACUGGCUGCUGCUAAUCCAGUGUACGGCCGGUACGAUCAAUACAAAACACCCAUGGAGAAUAUUGGCCUUCAAGAUUCCUUGCUGUCCCGUUUUGAUUUGCUGUUCGUAAUGCUGGAUGUUAUCGACAGCGAUCACGAUCGAAUGAUCUCCGAUCACGUGGUGCGUAUGCAUCGUUAUCGAAACCCAAAGGAGCAGGAUGGCGAUGUGUUGCCGAUGGGUGUGAGUGCCGUAGAUAUGCUUUCUACCAUUAGUGCUGAUUCCCAGGACGACAAGGAAACGCCUAUGUACGAAAAGUACGACCCGCUCUUGCAUGGGUCGUCUCGAAAGAGAAGCGACCAAAUUUUAUCCAUGGAAUUCAUGCGCAAGUAUAUUCACAUUGCCAAAUGUUUGAAGCCGAAGUUGACCGAUGCAGCCUGUGCGAUGAUAUCGAACGAGUACUCCCGCCUUCGUUCCGAGGAUCUGAUGGACUCAGAUGUGGCCCGUACCCAGCCGGUCACAGCGCGUACGCUGGAAACCCUGAUUCGUCUUUCGACGGCCCACGCUAAGGCACGAAUGUCGCGUACCGUUGCCGAAAAGGACGCUCAAGCUGCAAUCGAGUUAAUUCAGUUUGCCUACUUCAAGAAAGUAUUGGAAAAAGAGAAGAAAAAGCGUCGCCGUGCAGAAGAAGAUCAUUCCGAUGACGAACAGGAUGAGGAUGAAGAUGUAGAGAAUGAAGAAUCCGAAAAAACCGAUGGUCAGGAAACAGCCCGUCGCUCUAAACGUACCCGAGUCGAUCCCACCACUGCCGACGAUUCCGACCAUGAAGAAAUGCUAACGUCCUCUCCAGACCGUGGCGACUUAACCCGUAGACCGUCGAUUGCCACCCCCGCCAGGGAAACUUCAACGGCAGGGGCCAUGGAUACCGCCGACUCUGAAGAAGGUAGUGCCGUGGCGAUCACUGACGAUCGGCUCAAGUUGUUCCGACAGGGUGUCCAUAUGGCAUUCAAACAGUUCCGCGAUCAGGCAGUAUCUUUGUCACGUCUGACGAAACAUAUCAACGAGAACAGUGGUGAUGAAAUUUUCACGGCUGGAGAAAUUACUGCGGCAGUUAAUCAGAUGACCGAAAGCAAUCAGAUUAUGGUUCACGACGACAUGGUAUUCUUAAUUUAAGGAACAGCUUAGGAAGUUUCUAUUGUUUUGUACCUUUGUCGUAUUUUACUCCAUUCUCACAAUAUUUCACUUAGUUUUGGAUUACAUUUAAUUGCUACUGGAACUGUUUCUUUUAUAAAUGAUCAAUAAACAUUUUAAUUGUAACGUA